UUCUUUUUUUUUUUGCACGCCUGCGUACCCAAAGAAAACCAACAGAGUCAGACAGAAAAACAGAGAGAGGACAGUCUGACAAGGAAGAGCUGGAGGGCAGUACAUCUGGUUUGUUCGGCUCAGACCCCAAACACAGCAGGAUGGAUUUCUGCACGACUUGAAAGCAAAGGAGGAACGGCUGCCUCUCGCAUAAACAGAACAUCAACCGAGAUGUCAGGAAUGGACGUCCCUCUGGUGGACCACAACAACACUGGAAUCUCUGCAGCAGACAACGGGACCUUCCUUCGUUUCUCUCUGACCUCUUCAUCCACCUCCGCUGCCGCCUCAUCACCAGGACGCCCGGGCAAUGUCUACGUGUACGUUUGGCUUUUCCUGGGCCUGCUGCUGUUCCUGCUGACACUGCUCAUCAUCUCCCUCCACAGGUUGAAAAACAUCAUCUCCUCCUCCUCCUCUGUGCCUGACUGCAGCAGUGAGGGAGGGAGCUCCUUCACCAACAUGGAGAUCUGUAGCAUCUCCUCUCAGAAGUCCACCAUCUCCUCAUUGUCCACCUGAAGGAGGUGUGAGUGUGGACGGACAUCAGUGUGCAUUAUGCAAACACAGGCUGGAACAAUAUACUCCACAAAAAAUAGAAAUGUAAACACUUAUAUUUUCAGUCCCAUUUUUCAUCAGUUGAAAUAAAAGAUUUAAGACUUCUUCUCUGUGCACAAAAGGUUUAAUUUCUUUGAAUUCUGUUCACAAAUUUGUUAAAAUACAUGUUAGUGAGCAUUUCAUAUUUGCAAAGAUAAUCGGUGUAUCUAUAAACCUUUUGUGGCCAUAGAAGAAAUUUUAGAUCUUUUCUAAAAUGCAUCAAAAAUGGGAACAAAACCCAAAGUGCUGCAUUUGAAUUUUUGUUGUGAAGACGUUUCAUGGAGUGAGAAUCCGUGAACUUUUCUGAGGUUUAUUUUUUAGUGGGUUACAUGCUCCUAAGCAGCUGCCUUCCUCUGUGGAACACUGUUUCCAAUUAAUAGCUCAAAAUUUCCACAUUUAUCCACACUGAAUACAGG